GCCAUUUCCGCCAUUGGAUGACGUUAUUGCGGCGCGCCGGGAGGCUACAUCCGGGUUUCUGCUGGCAGGCUCCUCGCAGGAUCUUGGACCCUGGAAGAAGGCUGUGUGGAUCGCGGGUGCUGAACGAGGUGGAACUGAGCAGUGGCAUUCAUAAAGACUGCAGCUUUUCAGUGCCUCAGAAGCUGUUCAGGUUUGGGAAGGAAACCUUCAGUCUCAUGAAACAGUAUUUCCAAAACGUUCUGAAGUUUCCCUGGGAGUGAAAAGCGACUAGAUCUAACUCUUUCCUGGAGAACAAAAAGGACCAAGGUGCCCACCCAGUUCUGAGAGACUGGCCAUGUCUCUGUCCCACCUGUACCGGGACGGGGAGGGCCAUCUGGAUGAUGAUGAUGAUGAGCGUGAGAACUUCGAGAUCACCGACUGGGAUCUCCAGAAUGAGUUUAACCCCAAUCGUCAGCGUCACUGGCAGACCAAGGAGGAGGCCACCUAUGGGGUGUGGGCUGAGCGUGAUUCGGAUGAGGAGAGGCCAAGCUUUGGAGGAAAACGGGCCCGAGACUACUCUGCGCCUGUCAACUUCAUCAGCGCAGGGCUCAAGAAAGGGGCAGCUGAGGAAGCAGACUCGGAGGACUCUGACGAUGAUGAGAAGCCUGUUAAGCAGGAGGACUUUCCGAAGGAUUUAGGACCAAAGAAGUUAAAGACGGGCGGCAAUUUUAAGCCCAGCCAGAAAGGCUUUGCAGGAGGAACCAAGUCCUUCAUGGACUUUGGCAGCUGGGAGAGACACACGAAGGGGAUUGGGCAGAAGCUGUUGCAGAAGAUGGGCUACGUCCCUGGUCGGGGCCUGGGGAAGAAUGCACAAGGUAUCAUCAACCCCAUUGAAGCUAAACAAAGAAAAGGCAAAGGAGCUGUGGGUGCCUAUGGCUCAGAGCGGACCACUCAGUCUCUGCAGGACUUCCCUGUGGCUGACUCUGAAGAGGAGGCUGAAGAGGAGUUUCAGAAGGAGCUGAGCCAGUGGAGGAAAGACCCCAGUGGGAGCAAGAAGAAGCCAAAAUACUCUUACAAGACCGUGGAGGAGCUGAAGGCCAAGGGCAGGGUCAGCAAGAAGCUCACAGCACCUCAGAAGGAGCUGUCCCAGGUCAAGGUGAUCGACAUGACAGGCAGGGAGCAGAAAGUGUACUACAGCUAUAGUCAGAUCAGCCACAAGCACAGCGUGCCUGACGAGGGAGUGCCCUUGCUGCCGCAGCUGCCUCCCACAGCUGGUAAGGAAGCCAGGGUGCCGGGCUUCGCGCUGCCGGAGCUGGAGCACAACCUGCAGCUGCUGAUUGAGCACACGGAGCAGGAGAUCAUCCAGAGCGACCGCCAGCUGCAGUACGAGCGGGACAUGGUGGUCAGCCUGUCGCACGAGCUGCAGAAGACCGCCGAGGUGCUAGCGCACGAGGAACGCGUCAUCUCCAACCUCAGCAAGGUGCUGGCCCUGGUGGAGGAGUGUGAGCGCCGCAUGCAGCCCCAUGGCGCCGACCCCCUCACGCUGGAUGAGUGUGCGCACAUCUUUGAGACGCUGCAGGACAAGUACUAUGAGGAGUACCGCCUGGCGGACCGCGCGGACCUCGCUGUGGCCAUCGUGUACCCGCUUGUGAAGGAGUACUUCAAGGACUGGCACCCCCUCGAGGAUAGCAGCUAUGGCACCCAGAUCAUAUCCAAGUGGAAGAGCCUCCUGGAGAACGACCAGCUGCUAUCUCACAGCAGCCAGGACCUGUCCUCAGACGCCUUCCACAGGCUCAUGUGGGAGGUCUGGAUGCCUUUUGUUCGGAAUGUGGUUGCCCAGUGGCAACCCAGGAACUGUGACCCGAUGGUAGACUUCCUGGACAGCUGGGCACCCAUCAUCCCGGUGUGGAUUCUGGACAAUAUCCUGGACCAGCUCAUCUUCCCUAAGCUGCAGAAGGAGGUGGACAACUGGAACCCCUUGACAGACACCGUUCCCAUCCACUCGUGGAUCCAUCCGUGGCUGCCCCUCAUGCAGGCCCGCCUGGAGCCGCUCUACUCCCCCGUCCGCAGUAAGCUGUCCAGUGCGCUGCAGAAAUGGCACCCCAGUGAUGCCUCAGCCAAGCUCAUCCUGCAGCCCUGGAAAGAGGUCCUAACCCCUGGGUCCUGGGAGGCCUUCAUGCUCAGGAACAUCGUGCCCAAGCUGGGCAUGUGCCUGGGUGAGCUCGUCAUCAACCCCCACCAGCAGCAUAUGGACGCCUUCUAUUGGGUGAUGGACUGGGAAGGGAUGAUCUCUGUGUCCAGCCUGGUGGGGCUGCUGGAGAAGCAUUUCUUCCCCAAGUGGCUUCAGGUGCUGUGCUCCUGGCUCAGUAACAGCCCCAAUUAUGAGGAGAUCACUAAGUGGUACCUGGGCUGGAAAUCCAUGUUCUCAGACCAGGUGCUGGCACACCCUUCUGUCAAGGACAAGUUCAACGAAGCCCUUGACAUCAUGAACAGGGCCGUGUCCUCCAAUGUGGGAGCCUACAUGCAGCCAGGUGCAAGGGAGAAUAUUGCCUACCUCACCCACACGGAGCGCAGGAAGGACUUCCAGUACGAGGCCAUGCAGGAGCGCCGGGAGGCUGAGAACAUGGCACAGAGGGGCAUCGGUGUGGCUACCAGCACUGUGCCCAUGAACUUUAAGGACCUCAUUGAGACCAAGGCGGAGGAGCACAACAUCGUGUUCAUGCCCGUCAUCGGCAAGCGGCACGAGGGCAAGCAGCUCUACACCUUCGGCCGCAUUGUCAUCUACAUUGACCGGGGCGUGGUGUUCGUGCAGGGCGAGAAGACAUGGGUGCCCACCUCCCUGCAGAGCCUCAUUGACAUGGCCAAGUAGACAUGGGGGCCACGCCAGGCAGGUGUGAAUAAACAGCACUUUAAACGAGCUCAUAAUAAAUGUCUCUACUUGGGAGACCAGGCCACCAGGGCAGGACAUGGUAACGCCACCAGUUGGCCUGGCAGAGAGGCUGGUGUGGUCUGCACUGUGGCCUCCAGCCCAGGUGGCAAGUACUGCCCUGUUACACGGACUGAGCACAGUCUGUGGGUUUCCUGAUGAUCUCCAGGUCCUCACAGUUGUGGUAGUCAGGCUCCUCCCGAGAUGCCCACAGGUCCCUUGGCAGUCCCUCCAGCUUCUGUAGUGGGAACCAGUGCACAGACGUGUCGUUGAAGGUGUCGGCGUACCGGGGGUUCUGAGGCAGUGGGGACUCCUCCAGGCCUUUCAGAAUCUGAGCAGAGAGGUCCAGACACAGGCAUUAGGUAUGACCCCACUCUCUUGGCUUACUUUUCUGUUCACUUGGACACCCCAUUUUCCUUUUGAAAAAUAAGAAAUGGAGGUUUGUAUUUCAAUGCUUUUCAGCCCCAAGGGCAAUGGGAAUGCUGGCUCACCCUGAGGAUGAAAGGGUUUGGCACCAGCUGGUUCCAGGGGGGCCCCCUCCCAGUAUGUGUGCUCAUUAACAUGGGCGGAUACUAUGGCCUUGCACCCCCACCCGGCUAUCUUGUCAGAUACCUUUGCAACGUAGGGAUAAUUUUCCUGCAGGAUCCUUGUCAACAACCUAGAAAUAAAAUAUAUAUUUACACAA